AUGGCCGGCGAAAGCGAGCCUGAUCCCUUGCAGAAACUGGUGGACUCGUUCCACACUCUCCUAGAUGAAGCUCUCAUUGUCGCUAUAGCUAGCGACUACAACCUUGGCGACGCAUCUGCUUACAAGCAGGCACAAGCCACUCUUCAUGAUUUGGCGCAAAAUGUUCCUUCAGAGGAAGCAUCGGGCUUUAACGCAAGCGGUAUCCCACAGGCGCCUGAAGGAGAGCACGCCGCCCAACAUGAACAAACGACAACCUCUACAACUAGCGCGAGUCGACAGACUUCACAGGCUCAUGUUACCGACAAAUCAAGUACAGAUAAUUCAUCUUGCGUGCCGGACUCGCCGAGUCUCGUGCCCCGGCUGACAACCUUCAACAAAGACAGCGAGGAGGAUAAGUUGCUCACGCUGCAAAGUAUGUUUGCCGAGCUGAAGGAGUACGAUAUCCGGUAUGCUCUCAAGAAGGCGAAUGGAGAUUUUCAGACUGCGCUAGAUGAUCUUUUGAAUGUUCAAUAUUUGCAGUCUACUGGCCAACAGUUGAAAGGGCUGGAUGGGUUCUUCGAGCCAGAGAAGAACAAGGGAAAUGGCAAGCGAAAGAAGAAAGGGAAGAAGCUGCUCGUAUCAGAUCCAGAUCAAUCCAGUGAUGGCACAUCCUCUCCUGGCGUUGCCAAUGAAGCACAAGCCCAAGAUGAAAUCGAAUACAUUGCAGAGAGGUUCGGCAUUCGUUCUGACGAAGUCUCCCCCAUAUACUACAAAACUCAAGCAUCCAAGGGAGCCACCGUCAUCGAGCUGCUCAACCAGUACAUAUCCCACGGCAUCGAGACUCAAGAUGAAAGCGGCAAAGAAGCAGCCGAGAGGUUGGUCAAAAAGUAUCGGCAAGUUCCCGAAAGGUUUAUGCCAACCAUUGUCCAUAUUGCUGGGUCCAUCCCCCAGUUUGCCGAUGACAUUGCAGCACUUCUCAACAAGCACUUCUCGAAACAACCCAAAGGCACAAAGAUGGAUCUCUCUUACCGCCUAACACCACUCCCGCAAGAAGAUAUUGAAGGCGGAGGCGUCCUAGCUCCUUCUCGAGCAGGUACCAAAUCCCCACCGAAGCUGGCAGCAAAACCACUCCCGGCAAGUGAGAUGAAUCUGGAGGAAACGUUGAACCGUGCCAACACUUUCCACCAAGCGAGACGCGAUGCCGCAGCCUCCGCAGCUCAGAUGCAUCGCCGAGGUGCCUCUAGUCCGCUUUACAGACAAGCAGCAAGCUACUACUCCGACAGGGCGAGAGAACAAUCUCGAUAUGCCCAGGCUGCCACCUCCACGGCGGCAGAUAUUCUCGUCGACAGCCGAAGUACCCAUGCAUCAGUUGACUUACACGGUGUUGUGGUACAGGACGGGGUGCGAAUCGCUCGUCAAAGGGUUCAAGAAUGGUGGGGCGGAUUAGGCGAGAUGAGAGCAAAGAAGCUGAGAGAAGAUGGCGGUUUUACGGUGAUUACCGGUCUCGGCCGUCAUAGUGCUGGAGGAGUGUCACAGAUGAGGCAGGCUGUUGCGGCUGCGUUGCUGCAAGAUGGAUGGAAGGUGAGGGUUGAGACGGGGAGGUUUGUGGUUACAGGACGACGAUGA